AGCGCAAGUGGCGAGUUGGAUCUCUGGGCGCGGCAGGCGACCCGCCGGGCCCCACGUGGCGGCAGCUGCCUCCGCCGCCGUUCACCCGGGGCUGUGUGGAUGGCCACGGCCCCGUUGCUUCCUUACAGCAAGUGUCUAUUUGGCCGCGCUCGCGUGUCGCGAGCAGCGUGGCUGGUGUCCACUCCUGCAAGGCGGCGGCGGCGGCUCGCCGGCGUGGAAGAGCAGGAGGAGGAGGCCACCCUCUCUCUCGAGAGGGCCUCUCGAGAUCGGCCUCGAGUGGAGGAGGCUUCCUCACUCAGCACGCAGUGGCGUCAACAAGGUUAUCCAACACGAUGAGUGGAAGGUGGCGCGGAGGAAGGAAGCGAGGCCACUGGGUGGCACCAGAGCCUGGGCACAGGCGGAUGAGACACCGACACCGACCGAGUGAAGCACAUGGGGAGGGCACGUCUUCAGCAGCUGCCGUCUCACAGCUGGCCCAGACGGGGGACACGAGCGACGCACCAGAACUCCCAGGCUUCUACUUUGACCGCGAGAAGAACCGUUACUUUCGACUGCUGCCCGGCCACAACAACUGCAACCCCCUGACAACGGAGAGCAUUUGCGCACGAGAGAAGGAGCGCCAGCGUUUGCAGCUGCUCAAGCAGGAUGAGAGCACCAACAGGGUCCCUCAAAAUGGAGUGCCGGUCACCAGGGUGCUCAACGAGCGAAGAGCUGGCUUCCACUCGACACGAUCCUACAGCAGGUUGAUGCACGAGCUGAAGCUUGUGGCCAUGCAGCGGCGGGUGGUGCACUCCGUGAGUGGCGACUUCGGGCUAAUGGAGCUCGACUCAAAAUCGGAGCGCAUCUUCGCUCUGUACAACGAGCACACCCACUACAAGUAUGGGCUCUUUGACCUGUCCUGUCGGGAGGGCAAGCUCCAUACCAAGAUAUACGGUCUGCUCAAGGCUUCUCCCUGCAAGCUAAACUCCAUGAGUUGGGCAUCGUUCAAUGGGAAGGACUCUCAUAUUUUAAUUGCUCGCAAUGAAGUGGCGGUGAGUGACGGUGCGAUGCACGCGUCGGUGGAGCUGGUGCCCGUCUCGUAUUUCACUGGAGAAGGCACAGGCAUUGAUGCAAUCUUCAACUUCACCAUCCUCACUUUUUCCUGCGUUUAUGGCCGUCAUCCUCAACACAACCACUGCUUCAGUGCAGGCUGCUCGGGGAAGGCGGUGGUGACGGAUGUUGUUACCGGGCACCAGCAGACCAUCCACACACACAGCGACGUCUUGGCACAGUGCUUUGCAGAGCAGAGCCCGCUGCUGUACUGCGGCUGUCGGUCGGGCAAGGUGUGGCGGGCAGACCUGCGGGAGGGACAGGGCCCAACGGCUCGCGACGGCGAACGCUCGCUACUCCGGCACGAGUCGGCCAUCGUGGCCCUGCGCAUGCUCGCCGAUGAGAACUAUCUGCUCGCCAGUGACAUGGCCGGCAAGAUUAAACUGUGGGACGUGCGGACGCAGAGAAGCGUGCUUGAGUACCAUGGGCAUCACAACGAGCACGCCAUCCUCCCUCUGCAUGUCAGCGACGACGAGAACUUCAUCGUGGCCGUCGGACAGGACAACUCCACGCGCUUUUGGCGGCUUCGCGACGGCCUCCUCCUCCGCACCAUGCCAUCUGCCGUGCCCGUGUCCUGCACCAAAGCCGCCCCGAGCGUGGCACUGAUGCCGAGUCUCGGUGGCCCCCAUGGGGCACCUGGUCUGCUCGUGGCCGCCGGCCAGCGCCUCUUCCACUAUAGCUAUUGACAUCGCGUCCUGCUGUUGCCACAGGCAGGUUGGUGAGACAACUCUUCGUGUUCCAGUGCGCACCCUGUUGAAGAUUUUUGUACGCGGCUGGUGAUUCAAAAACCGCUGCGGAACACAAUUCUGUUUUUAAAGACAACCCUGAAAAACUAGCGACGUGCAUGUACAUACCUCGUCGGCAUAGAAGUCAGGGUGCAGUGGGGAGCCUACUGCACAAUGAACUUGGCUACCUGAAUGAUCCCAGUCACAGGUAACAUUCAAAUUAUAUUCCUGGCCACAGCGAAAUCCCAUCCUGUUCAGUCUCCCACAGCUCGUCUUGGACAGUUUACCACUUUGGUGUCGGCAAGGGUGUUCUAGCGUGUUACGCGCUCUCACUCGUCCAUGACCAGCCUCCGGUUUAAUGUUUGUGUCCCGAUUGCCUUUCCUUCCAGAACCCACCCUUGCCUGCUCUUCUAUUUAUUCAUUUUACUAUUCUAUUGAUUAAUAUUUAAUAGUUUAAGCCAAUUGUUUAUAUUUGUAAUACAAUUAGUUCCACUUUUUUGGUAUUGUCACAAACCUAAUUUCCUCCAAUCCUGAAGCCGUUUGUUCCCAUUGAUACACUUCUGUUUAUCCAGCUUAUCUCAUGGACUGUUGGCAUGAAGUGAAUACCUGGUGCGUUCCCUUUCUCUCGUUCCUACUUCUCCUGUAAUGGCUCCGUCUCCACCCAAGUUUCACUGUAAAUCUUUAAAAUCCUAACGCUUCAGUUUGUUCUGGCGGUUAAGACAAAUCAGCUGACAAAACUGUUUCCAUCUUUUAAAUUCUUCAUCCUGUCAGUAUCCGUUUUUUUAAAUCAAAGCUUGUCCAAUCUGGUGUAGAUUAUUCGAGUAUUAAUUGCCUUGCUCUUGAUUUGAAGUUGUAUGGAAUAAAAAAAAGUUUCAAUCCAUUUGCACAUUAAAAUUUGCUUUGUGUUCCAGGGAGUUGUGUUUAUGCAAUGCAAGAUUGAUUUUGCCCACAUUUUUGGCUUCAGUUUACAUUUUUAUGAACAAACACCGCAUCAUGUAGACUCACAGCCUGUAAAAAAUUGAUUGUGGAAAUAUUUACAUCACUGUACAUAGAUAAAUGAUUUAUCUUACAUGUUUAGGAAUAAAAGACACGGAAAAACCAGUUUGUAAUUUUUUUUUAUUUUCCACCUGGAAGUGACAAGAACUUGUAAAAUAUCACUUUUGACAAGUUAAAAGCUUAAAAUUGUAUAAUAGUGCAUCUGAGAAGUUUUAUUAGAGUUUGUCGCAAAUUAAACUCCUUAGUUGAUAAGGAAAUUAAGUAUUCGUGACCGAAUGCUAGGUUUUUGCGCUCAAUGCCAGUACCUCGUAUGAACACGGAUGGUGUAUUCAUGAAACCUACUGACAGUGAAGAAAAAAGAAUCCUAAUUUGAUAAACCUACAACUGGGGGGGCACACAUGAAGAGACCUGGCAGUGAAUCCAGCUUCAAUGCUGGACUUGAUUUUAAAUACAUGCCUAUCAACCACUUUUUAUUUUAAUGCCAAACAACAAAAAAUUUGCCCAAGAUUAAGAUAAUGGAAAUGCAGGGCUGCAGGUUAGUUUAUUAAAACAUGCUGAUGGAAAUGUUAAAUGUUUAAAGUUUCACGUUGUUGAUAGGCUUUGAGUUGAUGAAUGAUGAAUUGGUUUAAACAAUGAGCACUAAAAUAAGCUAAACAUUUUGUUUAAAUGACAAACUGUAAAAUGAAAAGAGAAAAUAAACAUCUACACAGGUACAUUACUCGUGUAAACACACACCAUUGAAAUUGCCACAACCAAAAUUCAGCACUUGUGAAAAUGUAACGGCAACGUCGCUUGCCAUCCUGUCGCUGUGAUUCAACAUUCUUCAAAAGUCUGUCGCUCACCUCUCUGCUGCACUGAUGGAUGAUAUUCUAGGAUGAGAUGGCAAAACAAAUGUAUUGGCUGGUAACCCAGAUUGGUCAUCGGGCUCAUCAUUCUGCUGAAUAAGGAGUGGCAAAUUCGAAAUCCAAGUUACAAACAGCAAAAGGUCUCAAAUAUAUUUCAGAGGUUAUUAAUUUACAUAUAUUUCACUAAUAAUUUAAAGUGUGCCUUUUUUGCGCAACGGAACUCGCGUGUUAAAGGAAAUCUAAUUCACUAACAAUGCAAGGUGCGUAUCAUUUACCACUUAAUCUGGGGUCUCGCCUUCAUAGCACGUAACCAUUAACUUAUUUUUGUGUUGUAUAGUAAUUAUAUCUUAACAUUUGCAUCUUAUUGUAUUUCACCUGAAAAAGGACAAAGGUAGAACGCAAUGUGUAUAUAUAGUAAGUACAUCCUCAUGAACGCUAAUAUAGAUACACUACAAUUAUCUUACAAAAUCACAGCCCCCCCCCCCCAAAGCAAA